AUGUCAAUGUCAACCACCAAGCUGAACGCGGAGAACCAUCUUCUCCUUGAUCAACCUCUUCUCCGCCUCCCCCACGAACUCCUCCGAAAGAACUUCAAAACAGCCCAGCGCUACUUUGAGAGGGAGCAGAAGGAGCUUAAAGACGGAAUCCACAACGUCGCAAAAGAUGCACUCGCCGGAGCAUCCCCGGAGGACUCGCUAGCUUCGCUAGACAGCAUGAUCAACCGCAUGCAGGGCUUCAAGCGGAAGCUGGAGGGCCUCCAUGACGAGGAGAAGACCCUGCACGAACACUCGAGGAAGAGAAUCGCGCAUCUGCAGGACCUGUAUAGUAUCCCGAGCUUGGUGGAUGAGAGCUAUGACAAGUGGAGUAGGACGAGACUAGACCGGCUGCUUGUGGAUUUCUUGUUGCGGAGCGGGUAUGGGAACAGCGCGAGGCAGUUAGCGGAGGAGAAGGGUAUCCAGGAUUUGGUAGAUGUCGAUGUAUUUAUACAAUGCUCGAGAAUCGAGGCGAGCCUUCGUAAUCGUAACGUUUCGGAGUGUCUGGCUUGGUGUGGAGAGAACAAGUCGUCUCUCAAGAAGAUAAAUAGCACCCUUGAAUUCGAGCUCCGGAUGCAACAAUUUAUCGAGCUGGUUCGAGACCACCGUCACAGAGAGGCUACAGCAUAUUCGAAGAAGUUCCUUGCGCCUCAGGGAGAUAAACAUCUAGAUGAUAUAAUGAAAGCGGCCGCCCUUCUUGCUUUCAUGCCCACUACAAAGUGCCAACCAUAUAAGGAUAUGUACUCAUCUAAACGCUGGGAGUUCCUCGCAACAACAUUUGUAAACACCCAUCACACUCUGUACGGUCUUCCGUCCCGCCCUCUUCUUCAUAUUGCUCUCUCGGCAGGUCUAUCUGCUCUCAAGACCCCCUCGUGCCACUCAUCUAUAGCAACCUCAAGCAAUGCCAGCACCACGACAUCUCUUUGUCCAAUUUGUUCGACAGAGCUCAACGACCUGGCAAGGAAUGUCCCGUAUGCUCACCAUGUCCGGUCUUCUGUUGACCCGGAUCCUGUGGUUUUGCCUAACAAUAGGAUACAUGGGCGUGAGAAAUUGGAAGAGUUUGCGGUAAAACUGGGAUUGCCGGCUGGGAGGAUAAGGGAUCCAACUACAGGUGACGAAUGGGAUAACACCACAUUAAGAAAAGUAUUCAUUAUGUGA